GCCCUCCCCCGGCUCUGUGGCUGUCAGAGACGCUGUUUGACGGGCUCGUCUGCCUACUGACGCACACCGACCGUCAUCCUCAACAUCCUGCUCGGCCAGAUCCACCGGCGGACCGUCACGACACGAUAACCAGACAUGCAGAUUUUUGUGAAAACACUGACGGGUAAAACCAUUACCCUUGAGGUGGAGCCCAGUGACACUAUCGAGAACGUGAAAGCCAAAAUCCAAGACAAAGAAGGUAUCCCCCCUGAUCAGCAGCGUCUCAUCUUUGCUGGCAAACAGCUUGAGGAUGGACGUACCUUGUCAGACUACAACAUCCAGAAAGAGUCCACACUGCAUCUUGUCCUGCGUCUGAGAGGGGGCAUCAUCGAGCCCUCUCUGAGACAGUUGGCUCAGAAGUACAACUGUGAGAAGAUGGUCUGCCGCAAGUGCUACGCUCGUCUGCAUUCACGUGCUUCCAACUGCCGCAAGAAAAAGUGUGGACACACCAGUAACCUGCGCCCCAAGAAGAAGCUGAAGUAAACAGCUGUCUGAGUCUGUUGUCAGUAUUUUCUAUAAAAGGUUUUGACAACUAAGAUUGUUACUAAUGCUUUUACUAUGGAGCGCCCACCACCAUACCACCUACAUUUCUGCCCCUCUCUGUCAAAGAAGUGCAGUGUACUUCUCUCCAUGCACGCUUCAUUAAAGAGAACACUGAAUCCAC